UCGUGUCGCCCGGCCCGCGAUCUCGUCCUCCGCUUGUAAAUGCUUGGUUUAUCUCAAUGUUAUCAUUUAUUUUAUCAUUCAAUCUCGAACAUCUUUGAUUCUUCCAAUAAUGGCAAAAGUACCAUACUCAGAUAGUGGUCUAGUUGGAGCAUGUUUUGUAUUUUCAGAAAGUGCUGCUGGCGACGAGGCGAAAUGCACACGGCCAGUGCAGAGGGACAGUACCGAGGUACCAACGGCUCCACCCACGGCCGUGACAAGGUCGCCAUCUUGGAUGCCGGCUCGCAGUAUGGGAAGGUGAUAGACCGCCGCGUGCGCGAGUUAUGCGUGGAAUCAGACAUACUGCCUCUGGACACGCCCGCCUACCAUCUCAAGGAGGCCGGCUACCGCGCCAUCAUCAUAUCGGGCGGGCCCAACUCGGUGUAUGCAGAGGAUGCGCCUAGAUACGAUGCGGACAUAUUCAAGAUCGGCCUGCCGGUGCUUGGUAUAUGCUACGGCAUGCAGAUGUUGAACAAGGAGUUUGGCGGGUCCGUGCUCCGUAAGGAAGCGCGCGAGGACGGCCAGUACGAAGUCGAGGUGGAGACUACUUGUCCCCUCUUCAAUCGCCUAGAGAAGCUGCAGCCAGUGCUGUUGACACACGGCGACAGCGUGCAAAAAGUCGGCGAGAGGUUCCGCGUGGGCGCGCAGUCGUCCAACCACCUGAUCGCGGCGAUCUACAACGAGCAGAUGCGACUUUAUGGCGUGCAGUUUCACCCUGAGGUGGACCUAACCCCCAAAGGCAAGCAGAUGCUAUCGAACUUCUUGUUCGACAUCGCCGGGCUCUCGCGAACGUUCACGCUGCGCUCGCGCCGCGAGGCCUGUAUACAGUACAUACGGGAUACUGUGGGAGAGAACAACAAAGUUCUGGUGUUGGUGAGCGGCGGCGUAGACUCCACCGUGUGCGCCGCGCUGAUCAGAACAGCGCUGCGGGAGGACCAGGUCAUCGCCUUACACAUAGACAAUGGAUUCAUGCGUAAAAACGAGAGCAGCAAAGUGGAAAGGUGUCUUCGGGAUCUUGGAGUUCGUCUACACGUCGUCAACGCUGCACAUCAGUUCCGGCAAGGCAGCACGGUGGUCCGCGAGGCAGGCGGUCGCACGCGUCACACGCCCCUGUUAUGCCACACCGCCGCGCCCGAAGACAAGCGCAAGAUCAUAGGAGACGUGUUCAUCCGCGUCGCCGAGCAGGCCGUGCGCGACCUCGAGCUGCAGGAGGACCAAGUGCUCCUAGGCCAAGGCACUCUCCGGCCAGACCUGAUUGAAUCUGCAUCAGCUCUUUGCAGCAACAACGCCGCCACCAUCAAGACGCACCACAACGACACAGAGCUCGUCCGUCUGCUAAGACAGCGCGGCCGCGUCGUCGAGCCGCUCAAGGACUUCCACAAGGACGAGGUGCGAGCGUUGGGUGUGGAGCUUGGGCUGCCGGCGGCGCUGGUGGAGCGGCACCCGUUCCCGGGGCCCGGGCUGGCCGUGCGCGUGCUGUGCCAGGACGAGCCCUACGCCGAGCGGGACUUCGCCGAGACACAGGUGAUAGUGAAGAUAAUGGUGGAGUAUGCGUCGAUGUGCGUGAAGUCGCACGCGCUGCUCGGCCGCGUCGUCAACGCCAGCACGCCGCUCGAGCAGCAGGAGCUCAAGCGCAUCUCCUCCAAGUCGCAGGUGGCUGCCACAUUAUUGCCACUAAGGACCGUCGGAGUGCAAGGUAAACUUCAAAUUUUCUCAUUUAAAUUGGCUACUACUUCCAAGGAAACUCUUGACCUGCAUCUCACCUGAUGGAAGGUGAUGAUCAUGAUUAUUACAGACGAAUAAGUUAAUUGUAGAAAUGUAAAUUCUAAUUUUUAACAUCAGCCAUGUAUCCUUAGGGUCUGCUACGCCUUCGGCGGCAUCAUCAAGGAGCAGGUGACGGAUAUCACGCCCACCUUUCUGUCGCAGCAGGUCGUGUCUACCAUCCGCCAAGCGGACGACAUCGCGACACAGGUGUUGAUAUCAAGCGGCUACGCCGGUCGCAUCGCUCAGAUGCCCGUCGUGCUCAUCCCGAUCCACUUCGACCGCGACGCCGCGGUCCGCGCCGCAUCGUGCCAGCGCUCGCUCGUGCUGCGGCCCUUCCUGUCCGCAGACUUCAUGACUGGAGUCGCAGCUCUGCCAGGAUCCGCAGCCAUGCCGCAGGACGUGGUGGACCGAAUGCGCAAGGAACUGCAGUCGGUGCCGGGCAUCUCUCGCGUGCUGUACGAUCUGACGCCGAAGCCGCCCGCCACAACCGAGUGGGAAUGAUGGCGCGACGCAUUUUGUACCUUUUUUUACUGAACGAACGCACCGCACGCAGUGGUCCCUCUCCGUUCAUUCCGUUCCGUUCACAGGCUGCGGUCUCGGCUGAAGUUCAGAUCGUUUUUUUUAAUUCGCUAAGGCCAAGGUGAAAAACCGUGCCGUCCGUUGCCACGCAUAUGCGCAAAUCUGUCGAGUUGUAAAAAUAUGAAACUUAGAUUCUACUCGGUCUUUUUCACUCGUGUCGGUAAGAUGGAAGAGAGGUGGAUGACCUGAUAUUAGUUUUGCGGGUAGAGCAACUUCCUUUUACAAUAUGACCAUGACAUAACGUCAAACAUCCGUGAUUUCGUAACCUGUAGGUACAAUAUAAAAAUAUAAUGAAUUAUUUGUUAUUGAUGAAUAAAUAUAUUACAUUCAAUUCUUCCAUUAGAUAAAUUUUCCAAUUAGAUAUUUUAAAUUCGUUACCCACAAGUAGCCUUAUGAGGAUAGAAACUUCACACUUAUAAAACGGACUGUUUCUAUCAUGCGCACAAAAUGCUUGCACUUACCAUACGUUACGAUCAUUUGAAGGUAAAUAGACCGCAGCCAAUCAGUCCUAUAAGGCCUAGUCUCUAUCAUUGCGUUGAACUAGGAAAAUAGGGAAUUUGUAGCAAUAAAAUAUAUGGCUAGGAAUAGAUAGCCAUACCGCACAUGAUUGAGACGAGGUCAUUAGCGCUAUAUCAACCAAUUAUGUUAGGUUUUGAUUUGGUUAGGUGAAAAACUUCUCAAAUCUAAACAAUUAGGUAUCGAUCAGACAUUUUUACUGUCAAUUACUAACAUUUGGCAAUCACGAAACAACCUACCUCGUAAAAGCACAGCGUGAAGACACUGUUUGUUAUUUUGUAAGGGAUUUGUACAUAAUCGUUUAUCUGAGGCUACUCGAUAUGUGUGUACCAUUGGAGUUGUAAUUGGUAAAUUGUUAGAAAAUAAAGUGCCUAAUUCUUUAUAGCACUUCUGGCGUGCAAAUAUGCGAUCUCGCCAAUCGCCAUUUCUCUUUAAUAUUAUAAUCUACUUCCCUAGGAAAUGCCAGUUCGCGAGAUUCGGGGAUAGUACGCUAGCCUUUCUAAUUCUUCCAUACAAAAUAAUGGUUUUAUUUUUCAAUUUUUUUUAUGUGAAAAGUCGCCCCCGCUCAGGCAUAUUCUAUGAAAUGAAUGCAAUUUUAGUAAAUGUUUGUAAUUAUCACUAUGAUAUCUUAGCAAUAUAAUCAUUUAGUUUGCCUGAAUGGGGUUUAAACGCUUAACUAAUUUUGUAACACAUUUGUAUAUUGCCACAUUUUGGACCACUGCUUGUAUAAUGAAGUUUUGUAAAUACAUUUCUGUAACACAUGAUACAUUGGUGUCGCAUGUUGUUGUUAGCUCCACUGAUCGGUUUUGUAACAUGUAUGUAGUAAUUUAUUGUCAAAGGCUGUGUAAAAUUUUAUAAAAAGCCCAAGAUUAUUCCGCGCGACAAGGUUAUUAUAAUGAAUCUUGUAAAUCGAAGACACUGUUUUAUGGAAUGGUUCAGUGUUAUUGACUGGAAGUUUCAUAAUAAAAUUAUAUUAUGCUUUAUUUU